CGCCGAACCUUCACCACUACCCUCCCCCGACCCAGCGGCGGCGAGCCCCACUACGAGCCCCCUUCCGGAUGGCUGUGGGGAAUCCAGCCGGGCCAGAAGUACGAGAGCGAGGGAUGGGAGAACGUGUUCAUCUAUGGGUUUAUGGGGAGCUUUGGGCUGUUGGCGGUGGCGUAUGCGUUUAAGCCGGAUACGAGCAUCCAGACAUGGGCGAUCGAGGAAGCGCGGAGGCGGUUGGAGAAGGAGGGGAUCUUGCCAGACCCGGAUGCGGAGUGA